UUGGGAUGCCAAUUCAAGCUUAUAAACGUCUACAGAUGUCCGUUGAGGUACAGCCACUCCCAUUUGGAGCUCCAUGGGAUACGAUUCCGCAUAUGUUUUUCCCUUUCAUGUGGGCAGCUGAGGAAGGCGUGUUAGAUGACGACAACGCUAACGACAUCAAAUCUAGAUUUAUUAUUCCCAUGCGCAUUGCAAAUAUUGCAAAGUGGGUGAUUGUUGUGGUGGGUGGGGUUGGAACGUUGGUUGGAGCAGGAAGUAUUUUGUAUUUUGCUUUCUUGCGAUAAGCGAUAAUAUGUAUGUAUAGUUUCUAUG